AUGGUCAUGGAAACCGUCCUCAGCCUCGCCAAGUUACAGGAGACAUCAGCCAAAGAUUUGAUACUGUCAUGGCAACCUUGGGCCAUUCUCCUCCUGUGCAGCUUCCUCCCAACCCGCCUCUUCUUGUACGGCCGCCGUCCAUGCAAAGCAGGUGUACAGCCUGUCGAGUCCAAGCCGUCCCAGAAACCUGCCAGUGCGGAGCAGAAGCCUGACUGGAACACGAUAACAUUCCAGCACAUAACGCCCAAAGACCACGACUUCGACUGGACGCAAACACCAGAGCAGCCAUACCGGCCAUGGUACAAUGGUCCCCACCACGUGACGAUGGGAAUAAAACGCACGUCGCUAGAAGAAUGGGUCGAGAUAGACCACAAGUACCUCGAACGGUACAGCUACAAGCGACACCUCUUCUCGACAUAUCCUGAAAAGACCAUCCAAUGCCUUCCAGGAAGCGAGGAAGCAUCAUUCGAGGCACUCUACCUCCUGGCAGACCUGUUACCGCGACGCUAUCCUUCCAUGUUCCAAGCCACCUCAACAGGGAUUAGCAAUUUAGUUACGGGCGAUACCUGGGACUUGCGAAGAGAGUCAUCAAUCUGGAAUGACUACCACCCUCUCCAGGUCAUGGGCUUAUUGACCACAGAGGACUGGUUCAUCAUGCAACCCGACGAACAAGAUCCCAGCGUCACGCGUCUGCGUGCAGGAGCCAAUUGCUUCCCGGCGGGCUGGAAGAUCCAAGAACGCAUAGGUCACAGUCUCUGGGAGAUCCACGCCGGCAAAGUCCCCAUGUACGAGGAGAAGCUUGCGCUGUCGAUGGACCGUUUUUUUCAGAAACAGCGUGUCAAUUCGCCAGUUAUGCGCUUCAACUACGCUAUCGACAACAGCUCCGAACUCUUUCACAUCAACUCCCACCACAAUUUGAAACCCGAAGAGCAAGAACCUGUUGAGUUGGAUGGUUUGUUCCUACGCGUCGAGAGGCAAUUUCUGCAACGACUGCCGAAAACCCGCGGCAUAGUCUUUUCUAUUAGGACGUAUAUCACGCCCAUUAGGGAGGUUACCAAGGACAAAGAAAUGGCGAAGGCGUUGAGGACGAGCGUCGAUAGCUACGGGCCUGAGUUGGCAGCUUACAAGAACAAGCCUUUGUGGAAUGAUGUGCUUGCUGCGCAUUUGGAUGAGGUUGUUGGGGUGAUGAAAUGA